UAACAUGGAGUCCAGCAAGAUGGCACCUCCCAAGAACACUCCGAGAGAUGCCUUGGUGAUGGCACAAAUCCUGAAGGAUAUGGGAAUUACAGAGUAUGAACCAAGGGUUAUAAAUCAAAUGUUGGAAUUUGCUUUCCAAUAUGUGACUACAAUUCUGGAUGAUGCAAAAAUUUAUUCAAGCCAUGUUAAGAAACCUAAUGUUGGUGCAGAUGAUGUGAGACUGGCAAUGCAGUGUCAUGCUGAUCAAUCUUUUACUUCUCUGCCUCUGAGAGAAUUUUUACUGGAUAUUGCAAGGCAGAAAAAUCAAACCCCUUUCCCACUGAUUAAGCCAUAUGCAGGACACAGACUGCCACCUGACAGAUACUGCUUAACAGCUCCAAACUAUAGGGUGAAGUCCUUAAUUAAAAAGGGAUCUAACCAAGGAAGACUAGUACCACAGUUAAGUGUUGGUGCUGUUGGUAGCAGACCUUCCACUCCUACUGUACCAACCCCACAAAUAUCUGUCCCAAAUAAAGCUGCACUUCCAGUGUCACUGACAAGCCAAAGAUUUACGGUGCAGAUUCCACUUUCUCAGUCCACACCUGUCAAAUCAGUUCCUGCAACAACUGCCGUUCAAAACGUUCUGAUUAAUCCUUCAAUAAUUGGACCCAAAAAUAUUCUUAUUACCACAAACAUGGUUUCAUCACAGAACAUGACCAAUGAAUCAAACCCAUUGAAGAGAAAACACAAAGAAGAUGAUGAUAAUGAUACUAUGUAA